GUUGUCGGUUGGAUUCUUUCGGCUUGCGUGAAGCGCGGGGGAGCGAGCUAGAAAGUUGAGGCGCAGUGAGGGGAGGGGCGGAACAAAGAAAACUGAAGGAGGUCAGAGGCGAGCUGCAUAUAUUAACAAACGGUGGAGUUAUCAAGAAACGAGUUCAUGCGACGAUUAUGCAGGAGGUUAAAACUGAGUAGGUAUGUGGAAAGGAAAAAGGAAGAGGAUAUGUAUGCACGAGAGCAACAGGGUUCGAAGAGGAUCUGCGUAGAAAGUGGGAGGAGGGGUGGCGGCGGGUAGAGAAACCGCCAAAGUUAAGACAAAGCUUUGGGAGGAAAUUGGCUGGUAACAACUUGACCUUUGGCAGAGCUUGGUGGGUAUCGGGAAGACUGAGUGCGAAUUGGAGAGGUUCGAGACACAUCGGACCAAGGUUUGAAGCUCUUGAAUGGAGCUCUGGCCCAACGACGCAACGAGGCGCUCCCAUUCAAAGACGCCCGGGGCGGCCGCUGGUCGCAGUUCCAGAGACCAAGAGCUGAAGGGUAAAAAAGAAGAAAAAGAAAAGAAAGCAGGAAAAGGAGGACUGCGUCAAAGAAAGUUCGAAACUUCUUUCUUCUUACUUACUUUGCUAAUUUCCUUUCUUUUUCCUGUGGCUUUUUCCGUCUCCUGUCACGUUUCGGAUGUCAACGAGGGGCAACGCAGAGGAUGGAUGAAGGGCGCAUACAGGAUGGACACCAGAGAGAUCUUUGUCUCUGUAUACUUCAGGACAGCUGUUUGAUCUCCGAAGUCGCGUGGAGGAUUUCCGUACGAAAAUCAGUGUAGCCGAAUAAGCUUUCGUGUGUUUGAAACCGGGUUUGGUGUUGUGAGAUGGACGCUGUUCUGGCCAGAGGAACGAGACAGGCGAAAGAAAACAGCGGAACGAAGGCAGAAAGACAGAUAAUUUAGAUGGCCCAAAUGAUACGGAGGAUAAAAGGGAAAGCUAAGAAUAAGUAUGAACGAAGA